GCCCCGUCCUCGAGCCGCGCCCCGUCCAGGAGCGCCUCGUCCCAGACGAGCUCGGAGCAGUCGGCCGGCCAGGACCAGCCCUGCCCCGCCGCCGCCGCGGGUUCCCUCGCCGGGCCAGUGCCCCGGGACGCGCCGUCGCCGCCGCGGGGCGCCGCGUGUUCCGAGGAGGGAAGCCCCGGCCAGGCGAGCCCGCCGGCGCGCACGCGCACGGAGCCCAAGAGGGGCGUCUUCUGGAGGGGCGACGGUUGGGCCUACGGCGCCCUGCCGGACGCCGCCGGCGCGGAGCGCGCCAGUUCCGAGGAGGACAACUUGCCCACCAUCAGCCGCGGCGACCCCUUGCUCGUGGCGAGGUACCCCGCGCUGGCGGGGGUCUUCGCCGUGUGGUGCGUCACCUGCAAGGCCGUCGAGCAGUGGGAGGCCGACGGCGGGUGCCUGGAGGAGCUGAAGCGGGGCUUCGACGAGGAGCUGCGGCGCCAGAGGCGGCUGCGCGAGACGGCCGGGGAGCCCCUCGCGCUGCCCGACCGCGUCCCCCUCGGCUGGCUCUGCGGGAUGCUCAGCGAGCGCCGGAAGAGGGACGCCCGCUUCGCCGAGCCCGCCAGGGCGCGCGGAGCCUCCGCCUCGCGGAGCCCGCGCGCCGCGGGGGUACCGGUGGACGCCGGCGGCUACGGGCUCGCCGGGUUCACGCGCAGCGCGGCCAUGCGGCGCAGGCUCGCCGCCAUCGGGGCCGUCCUCGCUGCCGCCCUGGACCACCUCGCCAGUGGCAGCACCCUCGUGAUCACCUGGCCCGGCCUGCCGUACCACCCCAUCCUCCCGUUCCUUACGACUAUGCUGCGGCCGUCAUUCUGCGCCGUGCAUGUCCUGACCGCGCCGGGCCCGUUUACCUUCGAGCUGCACGUGCUGGCCGUGGGCUACCAGGAGGAGGAGCCCGGGGCGCCGCGGCUGUCGCCGAGCCCGCUGCAGGAGUUCCUGAGGGACAGGCGCCGACACGAUGCGGAGACCGACGACGCGGUGCUGUGGACGCUGCCCAAGACGGACCUCCUGCUGGAGUGCCUGGGCCCCCGCGGCGGACCCAACGGGUUUGACAAGCUCUGGCACGACUUCGCUAGGAAGUAUGCGGCGCUUGGCGCGCUGCUGGGCGCGGACAGCAUGGAGCAGGCCCGCCAGGAGGUGCUCCAGCAGUUUGCGGCCGCGAGGGAGCAGGUGGCCGCCGAGGCCGAGGCCGAGCAGGCGUCGGAGGCCGGCGGGCGGCCUCCGCAGCUGGAGGGCGAGGAGCUGGAGAAGCUCCAGGUGGCCAUGCACCUGGACGCACGGGGCGCGCGCGUCACCCUCGGGGGACUCAGCAGGCCGCCCAGCCGGCUGUCCAGCUCGCGGGACCCAGGCAGCGGGCCCGGGUCGCGGCAGCCCAGCAGGCAGCUGGCAGGCGGACCCCCCGAGGGCGACGCCGCCGCGCCUGCCGCGCCCGGCGGCGGCGGCCCGCAAGCCGUGCCGCCGCUGCAGCUCGUGGGCCUGCCGCCGCUGCGCCUGACCUGCGGCGGCAAGGCCCGGCGCCCAGCCGGCGGCGGCAGCGGCGGCAGCGGCGGCUGCGGCGCCCCGAACGAGCAUCCGGCGACGUUGGACUCGUGGCUCGACCUGUCAGCGGAUUCCCUCUUCCAUUUUGACGAGCUGGAGUUUGAGAUGAAUGAGGCGGACCAGAAAGAACUGGAGUCGAGAGCAGCAAGGUAUUGCGACGAUGGCCACAAACUGGUUCAAGGACUCCAGGGCCAAGGCGGGGCGCGCGGGCUCGGGCGGGCCCGCGAGGCCGAGGCAGGGGAAGACGCGUUGGCGGCUAACUCGCCGCGCAUCAAGCGGAGCUGGAAGUCCCUCUGGUCUGAUGCGGAGAAGACCGAGGCGGACACAUCGGCUGGAGUUGUGAUCUUCGCCAUGGAUUGGAUUGGCCUUCGGGUGCUGCAGGGUGGGGAGCUCGAGGCCGCCAACAAGUUCUUCGCCAAUCAUUCGCGCAUGGACUGGACCUGCAUCGUUGUCUUGUCUCGAUCCGCGGGCGAGCAGGUGUCGUCCCAGUUGGCCGAGCUCUCGACCCAUCCCGUUUCUUCGGCUGUCAACCUAGGCGUGGACUUCACGGCUGGUCGGGCGGUCAAGACAGGAGGCCAGUGUGCCAAGCUCAAGUCUAGGCUCACAGCCGCCCGCAGGGCCCGCGCAGGCAACACCUCGAGCCUUCUCUCCCUGGACGGUGUCCAAGUCGAGCAGCAGGACGUGGAGUUGGAGGUGGAGGUGGCGGAUGCUCGUGAGAGGCGCCAGGCCGUGCUGGCCCAGCGCCUGCUCGCUGCUGCCCAGGAGGAGGACGUCGCCCUGGCGUCAGUGGACUGCAAGGCCCAGGCGCUGCGCAUCCUCAACCGCGCCAUCGCCGCUGAGGGCAAAGGCGUCGGGGAGUGCAUUCACUACGUCGACGACUGCUUCGGGUGCACCUUCGCGCGCGCGGCCCUGGCCGAGCGGCCCGGCGCCUGGGCUGCGGCCGCCGCGGGCGGCCCCGAGGCCGAGGGGCGGCCGCUGCGGGGCGGCGGCGCGGCGUGGGGCGCGGCGCGCGGCCGGCGUGUCACCUUCGGCGAGCCCGUGCUUGCAUCGAGCGCAGCGUGUACGGCAUUCCACUCUGGCUGGACCCUCUCCGCGAGGACUGCCGACUCCCAGCGCGGCGGCGGGGCGCCCGAGGCCACCCCCGUCGCGGCCGGCGACAUGGGUGCCGGCGCUCCGCUGGAGCCAGUGAGCUCCAUGGAGGCGGCGUUGGAGGCUUGGGAACGCUGCCAGCCCGUGGGCUACACGCUGCCCGAGAGCUUCGUGCCCCUGGCCCUGCCCGGCGUUCACAUGCGGGUGCCCUGCCCCGACAGCGACGAGGCCCGGGCUGCGCUGGCCAGGCUCUUCGAGGUCCCGGAGGACGGUUCCGCCCCCCUGUUCCAGAAGAUGCUGAAGGCGCAGGGCGGGCACGCGCACUUCCUCCGCUUCUGGCCUACAGGUGCCGUCGAGGACGUCAUCGUUAACGCGCUCGCCCCGAGCUGCCCGCCCCGGCGCUGCCGCAGCUCGGCGGCCAGACAGGUGUGGAAGAUGGAGGUCGAGGGUGCCCCGCAGUUCUUCUCCGGACAGCGCCAGGACAUCCACCAGGACAGCGCCAGGACAGCGCCAGGACAGCGCCAGGACAACCCCAGGACAGCGCCAGGACAGCGCCAGGACACGCCAGCAGCGCGGACAGCGCCAGGACAGCGCCAGGACAGCGCCAGGACAGCGCCAGGACAGCGCCAGGACAGCGCCAGGACAGCGUCAGGACAGCGCCAGGACAGCGCCAGGACAGCGCCAGGACAGCGCCAGGACAGCGCCAGGACAGCCGCCAGGACAGCGCCAGGACAGCGCCAGGACAGCGCCAGGACAGCGCCAGGACAGCGCCAGGACAGCGCCAGGACAGCGCCAGGACAGCGCCAGGACAGCGCCAGGACAGCGCCAGGACAGCGCCAGGAGCGACAGCGCCAGGACAGCGCCAGGACAGCGCCAGGACAGCGCCAGGACAGCGCCAGGACAGCGCCAGGACAGCGCCAGGACAGCGCCAGGACAGCGCUAGGACAGCGCCAGGACAGCGCCAGGACAGCGCCAGGACAGCGCCAGGACAGCGCCAGGACAGCGCCAUGA